AAGAAGAAGAAGACGAAGAAGAAGAAGAAGAAGAAGAAAAAGAAAAAGUUUAAACACAUUUUCCUCGUGCAGGUAAUGUUAUACCGUGUAAACAGCACUGCUAACGGCCUCAGCCUCCGCGCGUGACUGCCCUUCUCUAAUGUCAGCUGAAUAAAUGAGACAAAUCUGAGGUACAAUGACCCGCCAUGGAAAGAACUGCACGGCCGGAGCUGUCUACACGUACCACGAGAAAAAGAAGGACACAGCGGCGUCUGGUUAUGGGACUCAGAGCAUUCGAUUGGGCAAAGAUGCGAUCAAAGACUUUGAUUGCUGCUGCCUGUCCCUGCAGCCCUGUCAUGAUCCUGUGGUGACUCCAGAUGGAUACUUGUAUGAAAAACAGGCCAUUCUUGAAUAUAUUCUGCACCAGAAGACAGAAAUUGCCAAAAAAAUGAAGGCAUAUGAGAAGCAGAAACAAGUGCAGAAGAGCAACAGCCAGCUUGAGUCCAAGUCAGAGGAAAGAGAGAGGGUGGAGAGGUUUAAAACCAGGGAGAACAGCAUUGUGUCCAAACCCAUCAACCCAUUCACAUCUGGGCAGAACAAAGGAAGUGAGAAGGGCACUACAGACAGCAGCUCGGCAGAAUCUUCCACUGCGGCUUCAGCUUCCACAUCCAGCCAGAGCCUGCCCAGUUUUUGGAUUCCCUCUCUGACACCGGAGGCCAAGCCCACUCUGCUCAAGAAACCAAGUAAGGCUGUGUUAUGUCCCAUGUCAGGACGACCCAUUAAGAUGAAUGAGCUUAUCACAGUACUCUUCACCCCACUGGACCCGAGCCUGGACCGAGUGGCCCUGCUCACCCGACAGGACAGGUAUGUAUGUGCAGUAACCAGAGAUAUCCUGGCCAACAGUGUUCCCUGCGCUGUUCUGCGACCCUCAGGUGCUGUGGUGACUCAGGAGUGUGUGGAGAAGUUGAUCAAGAAGGACAUGAUUGAUCCUGUGACGGGAGAGAAACUGUCAGACAGAGACAUCAUACCGCUGCAGAGGGGUGGAACUGGCUUCACUGCAUCUGGAGUUGACCUCAGUGCCAAAGAGGCUCGUCCAGUGAUGCAAGUGUGAGAAGAUCGUUGAUCUGAGGACUGCAAUGUUGUCACAAUGAUUCUGUGUACAUCCUUACAGUGGUUCUGUAGAGUAUAUUUUUGUAACAUGCCCCGCCUUCAGCAUGUCGACAGCUUUCACACAUUCUGGUAGCCUUAUUGUAUGCUGGCAUAUUUUUCUUGUUCCUGAAGCUAACUGGCAAUUUUUAAAAAAUAAAUUACCCAUAGUUAAAUAAAUAGAUGUUAUACUGGUCAUGGGAAAAAUAUAGUUCCCUCCUGAAUGACAUUAUGCCUUCACUAACUGUGUCUAUAUAAGACAGAAUUAUUCCAUUCAUUCUGCCGAGCUGAUUAUUUUCAGAAGAUGGAGCUUUUCACAGACUUUUCCUCACGAUUCAACCACAAAGUGGGACCUGCUUUCAGGUUACAGACCUGCUUUACCAAACACUGUGUUCAUUUUAAGGCUCCACAUUAGUGUGGAAUAGAAUGAAUUGAUCCUUCAUCGAUGCAUUGCCACAUGCUACAAAAUGUAUGAAAAGUUAAAUUACAUUAAAAUUCAUAUCCACCGGAUUAGUCGCUGGUGAUUAUAAAGCCUGUCCAAAUGCUGGAUCCUGAUAACAAGAUGAAUCUGACCUGUUUCAUCUAAGUUAAUUGAAGUUAGUUUAAACAGCUUAGAAAGGACCACACCAGACAUUACUUAACGUUUCAGGCAGGCACUGGUUCCCAUGUGUUGCAUAUUAGCUGUGGUCAUUGUGUGUGAGUUUUAGUAUAUUUUAGACUUAUAAGUCAUUCUCUACUUUUGACUGCAUUACACACAAUUAUAUCAGGUUAUUUUGACAACAAUUGAAGUAGACAUGUAAGCUGAUAUGAAGCACUUUAAGCAAAUUCCAAGCAAUUUACAUUAAACAUGGAGAAAACCCA